AUGAAGACAGUGGAGCAGCGAACAACGGAGAAGACAGCGAUUUUCUUGCACAGGGUUAAGGCCGUCCCUGAGGAGGAGCUCACACUGCAACUUGAGCUUAUAAAUAAAACCGAAGCCUCUUUCUCAUUGGCUCAUGAUUCGUUAGAGGAACUCGAUUAUGAGGAAAUUGGCAGCAAGGCGCGGGACGACUUUGAGGAGUUGGUGUUCUCCAUGAGAUCGUUGGUGCUGCAAGAGCUGGGGAAGCGCAAAUUCCCAGGAGUUCCGUGUUCAACCAUGCAUCCAGAGGUGGCCAUGGAGGCAGCUGCGCCUGCUCCAAGAAGAUCGUGCCUUCCUGAGCUUAAGUUGCCAACCUUCAGCGGCGGCUACACUGAGUACGCUGAUUUUAUUUCGAUGUUCCUGACAAUUAUUGAUAGGAAUAGUGAUCUGGCUCCAAUUGAGAAGCUGCAGCACCUGAAAUCAUGCCUGAAAGGUCCAGCUUUAGAUGCCGUUCGUUCGCUGGAGAUCACUGACUCUAACUAUGGAGUAGCUCUGGAAUUACUUGACAAUCGCUUCAAUAAUAAACGCCUUAUUUUUCAGGCUCACAUAACAGAUAUUUUUGGUUUGUCAAAGGUGGAAAGUGCAUCAGCUGUGAAGCUUCGUGAGCUCUCCGACAAGCUCAAUGCCAAUCUUCGAGCGCUUCAGAGCUUGGGUACCUUGGAGGAGAUAGCUGGUUGCAUUCUUGUUCAUACGCUGCUGCAAAAGGUUGACCCGACUACCCAGGCUAAAUGGGAAGAGUCUGCCUCGCUGGACAAAAUACCCACCUGCACAGAAUUUACUAAAUUUCUGGAGAAGCGAUGCCAGAAACUUGAAAAUGUGGAGCAUGCUGCUGUAUCCAAUGGUGGCAAUUCGCAAGCUUCAAGGACCAGGAGGUUCAGCAGUCAUGGGAGAAGUUCGUUCGUCGCCACUAGCAUCACAGCCUCGACCAGAUCCCUUUCUCCUCAAGCUCGUCUGCGUGAAGCUAAACGGCUAGCCGUAUGCCUAAACUGCCUCAAAUCUGGACAUCAAAUGAGGAAUUGUAGUUCGGGCUCCUGUCGAGCAUGUGGAUCUAAACAUCAUAGCCUUCUACACUUUCCCGCACCGCCUGUAACAGCGCCCCCACAACCUGCUCCACCUAACGAGCCAUCUUCGUCAAAUGCUGUUCCAAAUGGAUCGUCAAACUCUUCGCUCGCUUCGUCGUCAUCGCAAUCCGCUGCUUUGGUCGCUCAGAAUCUUGAUACGGAUUGUGUUUUGCUUGCCACUGCAGUCAUCAGUGUGCAAAAUCGCUCUGGUUCGUGGGUUCCUUGCCGCGCCCUGCUCGACUCGGGAUCUCAAUUGCAUAUCAUUACUUCUCGCCUCGCACACUCGCUUCAGUUGCCGAAGGUCAAAUCCGCGGCCACUGUAUCUGGACUUGGAGACUCUAAAUUUUGCUCGGAUGGUUUUUCGGUAAAUAUUACUUUAAAGUUUCAAGCUUCAGAUUUCGUCUCCAGUAUCUCGGCUUUGGUUGCGCCUGCCAUCACGGACGACCAGCCUAGCUUCACCGUCAGCCCAGAGGACUGGAACAUACCCUCCAACAUUCCCCUGGCCGAUCCACAGUUCUUCAGAUCGCAAAGAAUUGACUUAUUAAUUGGAGCAAGUCUAUUCUUUGAGCUGUUAUGUGUUGGCCAAAUUAAGUUGUCUGAUGGGCUCCCGCUGUUGCAAAAAACCCGACUGGGAUGGGUUGUCACUGGCGGAGGAUCAGCGCCACGCCAGUCAGCGGCCUUGGCUGUCCAAUCUAUUGCAGGGACGUUAGUCGGAGAUGACGCUGGUCUGGAGAGCGUUGUGCGGAAGUUUUGGGAAGUGGAAAACGUUGGAGAGUCUGGAUCUCAACGUACCAAAAAGAAACUCGAUUGUGAAGCUCAUUUCAACGACAGCUUUACUCGGCUGCCGUCAGGAGAAUACUCGGUUCGCCUGCCAACUAAGCAUAGUGUUGAAAUCCUGGGAGAUUCAUAUCAACAAGCUUAUCGUCGUUUCGUCAACCUGGAGAACAAACUGGAUCGUCAUCCUCAUCUCAAAGCGCAGUACUCGGCAUUUAUUCGUGAGUACCUCGAUCUGAAUCAUAUGUCUCUUGUGGAUUUAGACUCACGGAAUUUAUGCAAGUUUUAUUUGCCACAUCACUGCGUCAUUAAAGAGGAUAGCACAACUACUAAGCUGCGUGUUGUUUUUGAUGGGUCUGCCAAAUCGUCGUCUGGAUACUCAUUGAAUGAGGUGCUCAUGGCAGGUCCCACCUUGCAGCCGAGAUUGUUCAACACACUGUUGCAGUUUCGCACAUUUCCUGUCGAUAUUUGCAAAAUGUAUAGAUGCGUUCGGAUUGCUGAGCCGAAUAGCUACUUGCAAUGCAUUUUGUGGCGUGACUCACGGCAAGAGGAAAUUCGUGUUUAUAGGCUGGACACUGUCACCUAUGGAACUAAACCUGCCUCGUUUCUGUCAGUUCGAGCCAUGCAUCAGUUGGCAGAGGAUGAGAAGGCAUCGUUUCCCCUUGGCGCAAAAAUACUUUUGCGAGACUUCUACGUGGAUGAUCUCAUCACAGGAGGCAACUCGAUACAAGACGUCUUGGAGAUCAUGCGGCAGACCACUGGACUUCUCGAAAGGGGCAAUUUCAAGCUGAGAAAAUGGUGCUCAAACGAUCCUGCGUUGCUGCAACAAAUCCCAGAGGCCGAAAGGGAUUCUUUCUUGAAGUUCGACGAUGGCAGCGACAUUACAAAAACGCUUGGACUUGCUUAG